AGCAGUGUUUCCCAUAUAUCAAUAUACAUUCUACUUCCUCAUACAUAUAAUAUCUAUGAGCGCACCGAAAGCUAUUUGUAGAAAAAUUCCAAGGCCCGGCAGGAGAAACUGUCGUGCUUAAAUUUUUGAGUUAUCAAUAUGUAAUUCUACACCAUGAAGCUGCUCAUUUGGAAAAUUGGAGUUAAAUAGAAAACCAAAUUUUCAGCCUUUCGGUCCUCCGCAACUUUUCAUACACAUACGCACUGAUUUGUCAACAUUUUCCAUGACUAUUCUGCAUAAAUGUUGCUGAAUUUCAUUGCUCGAAAGUUGAAUCUGCUCCUUUAAAACACGCAUUAUUGUGGGCUAGUUGCAAUAGACCGCAGAUUUUAAAUAACCCCAUAAAAAGAAAUCUAAUCAGUUAAAUCACACGUUCUAGGGGGCCUUUGACCCCAUAUUCCAACAGUUCUGAUAACCUAAACGAGAUGAACAUGACCAGGAAAUAUCUCAGCAGUAAUUAAAGUGCUUCCCGAGCAAUAUGGAAUCACAUAUUGGUAACAUCAAUUUCGAUAUCGAGCACCAGUAACAGUUACUGCUCAAUUUCAAAAAAAAGUUUGGUCCAAUAAUGCCUUAACGGCAAGCAGUGACACGUUGUGAAGCAUUUGUUUUUCUACAAUCACAUGUGGAUUCUCGGAACUGCAAUUUUAACAAUUAACAAACACAUAAAGGUAAAACUCCAUCGCUUCGGAUGAUUUUGUUCGAAAAACUCAAUCAUGAAAACGCAUUGUUCUAUCGUGUAUUGCUCCAUUUUUACUAACCCUAAACAUAGCUCGUUUCUAUAACUUGUUUUUUUACAAGUCUAUGACUGGUUUUUUUUAGUGUUCUCAACACUUUACUACAUCAAUGGCGGCAAAUUUAAAUCUUGCGUUAAUUUUGUCGCACCCUUUAUAUGCACCUAAGAGAGGUGUUAUAAUUACGGUGCAGUCGUAGUUAAAGGUUUUGCUUGUUCUAUGUUUUAAAUGCUUCAGACGUCGCUUUAACAUAGUUACAAAUUCAACGAGAUGAAAAAUAAUAAUAAAAAAAUAUUAAAUGCAAGUAUAUGAGUGUACUUUGAUUAGACGCUAAAAUAUUCCCUAUUGCUUGACCACAUUAUUUGCUUUAAUUUCCUGUAGGCCUAAUAUUAUAUUUACCUUUAUAAGUCAGAGUUUAAUUUUUAGUUAUUCCGCUUCACAAUUUCAUGGAUUUUUCACCGCUUAGACGAAUCCUUUGGAUAUAUUUGUGGUAUGCUUAACACAUAAGCUUAAUCGUUUAUACUAAAAAGAAAUUUAUUAUAAACAUUUAAAUUUUUUCCACAUUCGGGAGGCAUACCUCUUUAUUGUCUCAAAAUUUCAUACCAGUGUACAUACUAUUGAAGUUUGCUCGUAGGUAGGAUUUGUCUGUAAGCUAUAUGUGCGUUAAUUUUCUUGUUUUCGCAGCUUUUUUUGGAUGAUUGAAUGUAUUAUUCGGUCUUUAAACAAUUGCUCAAUUUUUUUCUUGACAAGAAAAGUUUUUUGUUUUUUUGAUAUUUUGUUUUUUGAUUGAUAAUCGUUUCUCUGCAUCCUUAAAUUUAGUAUGCAGUGAUGUUGAUAUCUCUUCUCUCGGUGGGGAUGUGUGUUCAUGAUGGGUAAUUGGUGUUGCUUGUGGAAAUUUUCGCUGUUCCACUAAUGAUAAUCUUUGUAUGAAUUGCUGCUUAUUUAAAGCUUCCAUCAAUGCAAUUAUUUGUGCAUGGAGGUGGGGUAGUAUUGUCCGCAGGAUUUAUGCUUCUAUCCACUGUCAUUUAUUUCCACACUUUUCUCAAGAAUUUAGUGCUGCGAGUACUACUUCUUGUGGAUAAUCUGGAUUUUUGGAAAGCAAAUAAUUUUUUAUGUUGGUUGGGCCCCCAGUAAACUUUUACAUAGAGUAAAAGUGAGAUCAUAGUAUAUGUUUUUGAGCUGCUUCUUUAUCAAUGCUCUUAAAACUAACUUUUUACAUGCAUCUAACUGCUAUUUAUACUAACUAGUGUUUUUACUUUUUACUAAUUGAUAGUUUGAUUACAUAUCAUAUAUUGUUCGUUUAGGUUUGUUGGCUUAGAUACAUUUUCCUUUCUUGUAAAUUAAGGUUGUCUUAACACACAUUUUGCACGAAGCAUUCAUACUCUAAUAUUCAUGACUGUUAUGUGAACAGGUUCCUUUGAUAUCUUUUAUGGUCAUCCAAACAGUUUAUAGAUUUUUUUUAUUGUUUUAUCGGUAACAGUAUGUUUUGGACCUGAAAUGCUUUAAUUUAUGAAUCAAUUAUCAUAAUGCUUCUACAUUUAGAAGAAUAGGGCUAAUUUGAAAAUAUGUAAAUUCAUUUAUAUUGGCGCCUCCUGUGAAGUAAAAAAGCUAUUUUUAUAUAUCAUUUUGACGUGAAACUGAUAGUUUUUGCUGGAAAAAUAUUGGCUGGGAGAACUUAUAAGCCAAGAGACAGCUGAUUGAAACCACUAACUGAAAUAUUACCACUCGAAAUUGGUUGUAAGUUUGAGGAAAAAAUAUUGGCAAAUUAUAAGUUUCGCAAGUAUUUUAGUUGGUACUUUUAUAGACAAAAAUAUGAAAAUAGUGCUGCAAACCCGUCAGCCCUCAUGAAAGUUCCACAUUCCUGAGGACUUCUUCUAAAGAGUUUGUAUCCAAUCUAAGGAGUUUCUACUCAUUUUAUUUUUGAGUUAUUUUCUCUGUACAUUUAUCCCUUAAUAUUAUUUUGAACUCUUCAAUUUCCUCCUGGGCAUGCAAGCGCACACAUCUACACAUACAUAAGUAUGUGUUUACAUAUACACAUAUAAACACACAAUUUCACAGCCACUUUGUUUUUAUGACAAUCGGCAAUAAACAGUUACACGCCCACAAUUCGUACGCCCACUGGCUGCGAACACCUGCUGUGGCGUGCCCGCCAAAAGUAAGUAUGUGAUGAGUAUACAAACUAACGUACAUACACAUAAAUGUGUACGUAUAAUGCGUGCGAGGUGAGGCGAAGACGCGGUGGCGAGAAUAUGCCAAUCAAAAGACAUGCUAACGCACAAAACUAGCACAGAAAUUUUAAUGAAGGGAUGAGGAGACAUUUCUAUAGAAGAGUGAAAAAAUUAUUUUUUCGUUAUUAAAAUAUUAUAAUUUUAUAGUUCAGUGGAAUUUCAAAAUUAUUUUGAAAAUUAUUGUAGCAAUAAAAAUCAAUUUUGUUUGGUAUGUCCAAAAGUUCAAUUUAAUAUUUUAGACACGCUUGUCCAACCAUUUUUUUUAUCAAAAUAAAAAUUAAUUUUAAAGUUAGCUUCGUUUCUAAAUUCUUUAGAACACCACUUAAUUGGAUCCGCAUGUAUCCCAAGAGGGUUAUUUUGAAGCAUGAAAACCGCUGCAGUGCAAUGGCCGUGCUUUCGAUUUCACUCGUUAAAUAUUAACCAUACCAAUCUGGCCUUUGCUCUCGACCAGCGCGGUACAACAUAUACAUAUGUAAAUAUGUGUGCGUGCAGCACUAUCCGUGACGGUUAAUUUGAAGUGUUUGUUAGGCGCAAGCCAAAUGCAAUCAGAAAUUAAUAAAUAUUUUUGUGCUAUCCUUUUUAUGACUGCCAAUUCCGUUAUAAUAUUCAAUUCUUUUGUGAAUGGUUUUUCGAUUUAAAAUGCAUUGCUCAGGCACUGAAUUGUUCAGUUAGGUUUUACUUUUUCAACGAAUGUGAGCGAUGCGCUUUCACACUUUUCUAUGGUCGCUGUGGCUGCCUCUGUGCCUCGCGCUGCUGCCGCAAAACGCCGCAGCCAAUGACUUCUCUUCGUUUUUAACUGCAAACGCAUCUUUAGCCGUUGUUGUGGAUCAAGAGUAUAUGCAAAGGCGUGGUGAAAAUGUUCUAGCGAGUUUCCAAAAAAUUCUAAGUGACGUGAUACGUGAGAAUUUAAAGAACGGCGGCAUCGAAGUGAAGUACUACUCAUGGAGUCAAAUUCGCUUGAAAAAAGAUUUUCUCGCUGCCAUGACAGUGGCGGACUGCAAGAGUACUUGGCAACUGUUUGACUCAACACAGCAAAACUCCAUACUACUGAUUGCCAUAACAGACGCCAAUUGUCCGCGGCUGCCCUUAAAUCGUGCUAUUAUGAUACCCAUAGUCGAUGAGGGUCAGGAAUUGUCACAGAUCAUUUUGGACAUAAAGGUACAGCGUUUAUUGCGUUGGAAGACGGCCGCUGUGCUACUCGAUCAAACUAUAUUGCACGACAAUCCCACAUUGGUGGAGUCGGUGGUACAUGAGAGCGCCAAAAAUCACAUAACACCGUUCUCCCUGCUGCUGUACCAGAUCGAUGACACGCUGCGCAGUCAAAAGAAACGCACCGCCAUACGCCAAAUGCUGGGGGCCUUUCAGGACGGAGGACAAACCCCGCGACAAUUUAUUGUGUUGUCACAAUUUUAUGAGGACAUAGUGGAAAUCGCUGCGAGCAUGAAACUAUUUCACGUUUACAAUCAAUGGGUAUUCUUUGUGUUGAACGAGGAGCUGCGCAAUCACGACCCCAUCUCGGUGACACAGAAUUUGGAUGAGGGUGCGAAUAUUGCGUUCGCGUUGAACACAACGGAACCCACUUGCAGCAGCUCCAUUAACUGCACAAUAACAGAAUUGUCAUUGGCGCUCGUUACGUCCAUUUCACGCAUGAUCGUUGAGGAGCAAUCGAUCUAUGGCGAAAUCUCCGAUGAGGAAUGGGAAGCUAUCCGUUAUACCAAACAGGAAAAGCAGGACGAAAUGUUGGGUUACAUGAAGGAAUAUCUUAGGGAGUACAGUAAAUGCACGAGUUGUUCGCAUUGGAAAAUUGAGACAGCUUUAACGUGGGGCAAAAGCGAGGAGCAUCGUAGAUAUCAAUCAAAUUCAGAACUUCGUGAUACACGCAAUAAAAAUUUCGAAUUCAUCGAUGUUGGCUAUUGGACACCCACUUUGGGUUUUAAUACACACGAAGUUAUGUUUCCACAUAUCACGCAUUUCUUUCGCAAUAUCACCUUGGACAUUCUAACGGUGCACAGCCCUCCUUGGCAAAUUUUGGAACGCAAUAGCCGCGGCGACAUAGUUCGCCACAGCGGUAUUUCUAUGGAGAUCCUCAAAGAAAUGAGCCGCAUGUUAAAUUUCUCCUAUAUUCUUCAUGAAGUCAAAGUAAGCGCAGCAGAUUCGGCUGCAGAGGACAUGCAACACACGAACAACGUAACGGACGACCUCUUCGGUUCGCUUACAUUUAAUAUACCAUACCAAGUCAUAGAAACGAUGCAGGCGAGUCGCUACUUUAUGGCUGCGCUAGCUGCCACCAUUGACGAACCUGACAAGAAGUCAUUUAACUACACCGUGCCAAUAAGCGUACAGAUGUAUACCUUCAUUUCACGCCAGCCGGAUGAAGUAAGUCGAAUUUAUCUGUUUGCUGCUCCUUUUACAACCGAGAUAUGGGGCUGCUUGGUGGCCAUAAUUAUAAUCACUGCACCGGUGCUAUACUUCAUAAAUCGUUUGGUGCCUAUGGACCAUUUGCGCAUAACCGGCCUCAGCACACUCAACAGUUGUUUUUGGUAUAUCUAUGGUGCACUACUGCAACAAGGCGGCAUGUACUUACCCAAAGCGGAUAGUGGUCGUCUAGUGAUCGGCGUUUGGUGGAUUGUUGUAAUUGUGCUUGUGACUACCUAUAGUGGCAACUUGGUUGCAUUUCUUACGUUUCCGCAAUUUCAACCUGGCAUAGAUUACUUUUUUCAAAUAUUUUCAUCCAACGCAGUGCAACAAUUUGGCUUGCGAAAUGGCUCUUACUUUGAAAAGUAUGCAACGCAAAUAACAACUCGCGAUGAUUUUCGUGAUUAUGUGCAACGCGCCACCAUUUACAAUAAUGUUCAAGGUGAGGAUAUUGGCGCCGUGCAGGAUGGCAAACGCAUUAAUGUCGAUUGGCGCAUCAAUCUGCAGCUGAUUAUACAAAAGCAAUUCGAAAAGGACAAGGAGUGUAAGUUCUCAUUGGGACGUGACAAUUUCGUAGCCGAACAGAUUGGUUUGAUUGUACCGAGGGAUAGUCCAUAUCUACAAUUAAUUAAUGAUAAAAUAAUGCGUAUGUUCCAAAUGGGUUUCAUAGAACGUUGGCAUCAAAUAAAUUUACCUUCGAUGGACAAGUGCAGCGGUCAUGGUGGUAUGCGGCAAAUUAUGAACCAUAAAGUGAAUUUGGAUGACAUGCAGGGCUGCUUUAUGGUACUUCUGUUUGGUUUUAUUAUUGCUUUGUUCAUACUAUUCGUCGAAUAUUGGUAUAGGUGGUACUUUGUUGAGAAAAAGCGAGGCGUCUUUGCAACUUGAAUUGACAAACUGGUGUAUGACAAAUGUAUACAGGAAACAAAGUUUCUCUUAACAAAUAUUUUACAAAAUACUUGAAAUAUACGCAAACUAUUCUUUGUUUUAACAUUCCAAUGGAAUUUUUAAUAAUAAAAUCACCGAAAUUCACAUACUUA